AUGGUCAAGCGUGCAGCAAACGAUCGCAAGGAGAACGCUAGUAAGCGUACUAAGUCAACAUUCAAGAAAGAAGAAGAAGUGCCAUCUAAGAGGAAAGCGCCAAUCACUAGUGCAGCUCCAGCAAAUGAAGAAGAUAGUGAAGAAGACGAAGGAUACGAGGAAGUACCAAAUGAAUCUGAUGUAGAGGAAGAAGUUGAACCGUCAGAUAAUAACGAUAAAGCCGCCAGUAAUAAAAAGGUGCAUGCAGAGCAAAAGGAGAAAGCAGCACUUAGAAAAGCACAAAAACCACACUCUGAGCUCGUCGCUAGAGCUAAAAUCCAUUGGGAGAAAGUUAGACAAAAUAAAUCUAUGACUAGAGAAGAACGCCAGCAACAUUUGGAUCCACUAAUGGAAGUUGUAACAGGACACGUUAAAGAUGUUAUCUUUAAGCACGAUGCGAGUCGUAUCAUUCAAUCUAUCGUCAAAUGGGGAAGUCGCAAAGAGAGAGAAAUUGUUGCACAGGAGUUGGAAGGUACUUACUUGCAGUUAGCCCAAGAUAAGUACGCCAAUUUCCUACUCACAAAACUCAUCAGAUACUGUCCAACUCAUAGGUCAAAGAUCUUAGCUUCGUUCCAUGGUCAUGUACCUAGAUUGCUUCUCCAUAAGUACGCCUCUGGUGUUAUAGAAGAUGCUUUCGCUUUGUACGCUAACGCGGAAGAUCGCCAAGCGCUCGUUCGUGACUUUUACGGUAAAGAAUUCGCUUUAUUCAACGAUGACGAAUCAAAGAAGGGUAAAGUACUCAAAGACCUUCUUGCAAAUGAGUCACAAUCAAAACGUGAGAUGAUGAUGGACAACGUCCGUAAUACACUUCAAUCAAUCUUCGAACACUCAGACAAAGGCGCAGUUUCACAUUCUAUAGUACAUAGAGCACUCUGGGAGUAUAUGUCUUCACUUGAAUUCGUUUACGGUGAAGUUGAAGCUGACAAAAAGCGCAAAUCUUUACUUGAAGAUUGUGACGAAUUACUUCCAGAAAUAGUCCACACUAGAGAUGGUUCUAGAGCCGCUAGAGAAUUCAUCGCUACUUUGACAGCAAAGGAGCGUAAAGUUAUUCUUAGAACGAUUAAGCCACAUAUAGAGAAAAUGGCUACAGAUGAUCAAGCUCAAUUUGUACUCUUCACCGUCUUAGAUGCUGUUGAUGAUACCAAAGCUUUAUCACAGUCAGUUAUCGCACCAAUGACGAAAGCAGCCGAAGAAUUGGCAUUUGACAAAAAUGGUAGAAGAUCUUUGCAUUAUCUUACCACCCCAAGAUCUACAAAACAUUUCACACCUGCUUUCAUCGCAACUAUUGCAGAGACUGACGAAUCAUUGAAAAAGACUUCCAAAAAGGAUGCUAAUAUUAGAAGAACUGAAAUUCAAAAGGCGUCAAGUGCAGAUUUGUUAAAGAUUGUUGAAGAAAUACCAAGAAAACUAAUCAUGGAUGCUGGUGGUAGUUUGAUAUUAAGUGAUAUUAUGCUUUACACUGUAGGAGAUAAGUGCAAAGCAUUAGACGCUUUAGCUGGUUUGAUCGAAACAAGCAGUGAUGUCUUAGACUUCGCUCCUGCUUCUAGGGUAUAUAAGACAAUCCUCCAAGGUGGAAAGUUUGACAAGAACACAAAGAAAGUUGAAGUGAGUGAUCCAGAGAUGGCAAAGCAAGCUGCAGAGAAGAUCUGGAAAGCAUUACAAGCUCAUGCAGUAAAGCUCGCAAAGACGUCAGGUACAUUCAUAUUGGCUGAGCUUGCUGAAACCGCAGCUGUUCACAACUUGAGCGCCAUCAAAGAAGAAUUACUGAAUGAAUUUGACAGCCCACAACGUGAGGAGAUUAAGAACUCGGAUGCUAAAGGAAAUACAUUGUUGUUAGAGAAACUUGAUAAACUCAAGUGA